AUGUCUCUGUUCAAUGUCUGCAGCUGGUGGUCCGCCCAGUGUUCCGAUCCUGGAGAGGAAUACGAUGUGGCCAGUCUGCUGUGCGCACGCUUUGGCCUGGAGACCCAGGAGAAGGACUACAUUAUUGUGGGCUCCCAGACGGGACAGCUGAGUAUCUACUAUCCGCACCGCAGGGGCUAUGACGCCACCGACCUGCUGCUGGAAGCCCAGAUGGGGGCUCCCAUAAUCGGGCUGUAUGCUGGCAAGUUUAGUGGGAACGUCCGCAACGAGAAUGCCAAUCAGUUGGGGGUGCUCCUCCCCAACGCUAUUGUUAUAUACAACGUCUUGGCCAUCGGGGGACUGGCGGAUCAUGGUGCUCAGCUGCGUCUUCAGGUGCAGGCGGAGCAUAAGUUCCAGCGCGUCUCGUUCGGGCUGUGCCAAGGUCACUUCGGGCAGGUGAAGGGCCGGGAAUUUUUCUGCGUGGUCCAUCUGGAUGGGACGUUGACUUUCUAUGAACAGGAUGGCAUCUCCUACGAGUGUCGAUUUCCAGGAUAUCGGGCUCUUCCCGCCCCAGUCGCCUAUUGCGAGCGCACCGACAGCUUCUUUCGGUUCAGUGCCACCUGGGAUCUGCAAUGCUUCAGCUACCAGGAUUUGUCCCACUCUCUGGUCACCAAGAGCAGCUACCAGCCUACCUGGACGCAGUGCGUCGGCGAGGGCAUUGUCGAUAUGCGGGUGGUUCAAGUGAAGGAGAACUGUUCCUAUAUAAUGAUCUUGGGUGAACGCAACUUCAUUUCACUGGACGACAACGGGAAAUUCAACUUUAUGCUCAAGCUUGACUACGCUCCAAAGUGUUUUACAAGCUUUGUGGUGGGCUAUUACUGGGAGCCCGGAGCCCGCCUCAUUAGCGCCAUCAUUUCCGACUCCUCCAAGUUGCAUUUGUACGAGGAGGCCAACAUCAUUUGGGCGGCGCAAUGGCCAAAUCAAACGCCCGCUCCAGUGGCCAUACAGCGCUCCAAUGUUCAGAAUUUGGCAGGAGGAAUUGUAACUUUGGGCGUCAAAGGGCAGCUAGAGGUGGGCUACCUCGGAGCCGAUCCCUUCCAGUUCCAGGUGCAGCCAUUGAACGUGAAGGAGCUGAGUUUUGCCCAGGCCCACAAGGAGCUUCAGCAGCUGGAGGACGAGAUCAAGGAGGCGGUGGACGUGCGGGACAUGGAUGCCCUCAACCAGCAGGCGGCUGAUCAAGUGCGCCUGAGCUUCAGUAUCCAGACGGAGGUCAUCGAUGAUCUGGAUACCCUGCUGUUGGAUGUGCCGGCGGAUGUGGCUGUCAAGGAGUUGCCCUCGGCCAAGGGCUUGCUGCGGUGCAAGAUCAAGACGGAGCUGGCCGAGUUGCAAUUGGUGUUCCAGACGCCGAAUGGAGUCCGUUGCAGUCAGGAUACUGUUAGCUUUGUGGAUGUGAAGGCGGGCACAAGUAAGGAAUUCAAGUUGGACUUUUACAUAGCCGAGUUGCUGCACAUUCACAGCACCAAGGUGGAAGUAGUGGCUUCUUUUUUGAGUACCCGGGGCAUUCCGCGGUUCAUUCAGCAGACUGCCCAUCUUCCUCUAUCCAUGUUCUAUCGCGUUUGUCAGCCCCAAAAGGCGGCUGGAAUCAAACUGACCUACAGCAUCACCAGUCGGCAUGUGACAGCCAAACUGGCCACCUUUUUUGGGGAGUUCCUAGAGGAGCAGAGCGAUACUCAUGCACUGGGUCUCCAAUUGCUCUGUCCAGGUCUUGAAAAGCAGAGUGAAGUGAUCACUGUGGUGGCCGCCAAGAACUCAAAUCGGUUGCGCAUACAGUCCGAUUACGUGGAGACCUUCGCCAUGAUCCUGGAGCGGAUUGUGGAGAGAACGCUUCAGCUAGAUAGUUCAGCGGGUCUGAUCAAGAUGGACAAAAAGAAGCCGAAGCGCGGAGUCCUAAACCGCUGUGUGGAGCGCCUGAUGGCGGCUCCCUUUCUGCCCGCCCAGCCCAUCCUGCAUCGGAUCGAUGUCCACCACGAAACGCAGCAGAGCAUCAGAAAGCAAACGGAUCAAUUGGAGGACCUCUGGCAGCAGUUCAAGAGCCUUCAGCGCCAACUGCAGGAGCAGUCGGAGGGUGAGCCCAAGGAAGCCCUCACAAUGCAAAUAGAGUCCAACUACGACCAGCUAAUCCUGGAGGGCGACAAGCUGGUGGAGAUUAGGCGUGACGAACGCAAACAGCGCUGCGACCUAAAUUGCGCCGUGGCAUUAGCCAAAUGGAUUAUUCAUGCCCUGAACCUGGAGGAGCGCGUGGUCAAUGUGGUUAACUCAGUGCUAAGUGUGCCCAUCGAAGACUGGACAGAACUGAGCUGGGAGGAAUCGAUGGCACCCGGCAUUGAUAUGCUGCAUCAUUUUGGGCCGCUGACCCGCUCGAAAUCCACAUCCACUCAUGGGUUACUGGAUGCCAACGCUGGAACCCGGGACAGCUUUGAUUACAGCCGCUUUAGACGACAUUUUGCCACUCUCUUCGACAGGAUUGUGCGAUUGGCCUCCUCCCCGGUGGCGGUUUAUCCCGAAAAAGCCACAGAGGAACCCUCGACGGAGGAGAAGCCACCGGCAACAGAGCAGGUGGAUGAAAUUGGGAAUAUGCAGCGAAUGCUUGGAGAGAAAGGUUUGCCACUAGGUCCGCCAAAGCGUAAGACCAACAUGAGCAGCUCCCUGGAGGCAGUCGAGGACGAUGAGGAGUACGACGAGGAGGAUCUUCGGGAGGACGUGGGCUAUCGCAAGGAGUACGGAGCAACCGACCAGAAGAACCCAAACAACAAGAAGCGAUCCGAGUGGGUCAACGAGGACUUCGAGCUGCCCACCACCGAGGAGCUAUUCAGCGACCUGGGCAUCUGGUGGUAGACUCGGGGGAUCGGGGGAUUCCAGGUACAAUAAACGUGAAAACUGUCAAAACAGAGAUCUUUAUUGGCCGCGCUCCCAGCUCGACGGGAUGACAGCUCGACAGCUGCUGGGCCGAGAUCUGCGAUUCUGGCGGCGAUAAAGCUUCGUAAUCGGAAUUUGCAUAACCAGCAACGACAGGCAGCCAUCCAGAUCCAGGCUCUGUGGGAGUUGGGAGAUUUGUGUGGAAAGGCAGGACAGGUCAGGACGGGACAGGACGGGACAGGAACUGGAAAGCAGACUCGUUUAUGAUGCACAGCCGCAGAUAAAGCAAGAUAAAAGUCAGGACAGAGGCUUCACCGUGGCCGGCUUGAAAGUGGGCAGUGAGUGGGGAAGGGAUGCACUGAAAAAAUGUUAUCUAUGCUUCGCACAUUUUAUUUUUCAACCUUUUUUCUCUAAAUCUUAAAAGUUAUAUAUUGUAGAAUUUGUCUCUAUUUUGUUGUAGGGUCAUAAAUGUCUUACCGAUUUCUGUGUUUGUGUUUGUGUUAUAUUUCCCAAUUUUUAUAUUAAAUUACGACCCAGUUUUUAGCAGUGUGCAACUCUAGCCGGGCAGCUGCUGCGAUCCCUUGUUCGCUCCACAUGCAAUCCCACACAUGGUGAGCUGAGUUAUUGGAGUCACUGUCUGAUCUAGGCUACAGCUCCAGUUGCUGGACCGUAAAUUGCCCACAAUUGACUGCAGGAAUGCCAGGUCUGUCCUCAGGACCAAGUCCAGUGUUUCUUGCCAACAUUGGAAGUGAGUCUG